UAUACAUUUUUCUAAUCUGCAGCUGUAAUGGCCUAUUUAUUAAAAAAUUACACUCAAAUAUUAAUGAACUGGGAGAUACAUAAAAAGGAUAGGAUAUUAGAAAUGGAAACAAAAUUCAUCAUCCUAAGGUUAUCAUACUCGACCACCACAUUGUCCUGGUAAUUUCUGUUACAGAAUCAUUCAAGCAGACCUUGAGGGAGAAUCAAAUGGCCUCUGAAACAAGAGGAAAGGGAACUUGAUGUGCUGCUUUAAGUGAUAGCUGGUGCAUGAAAGAUAACUUUGCCCAAACAUUCAGUAUGUUCUUAAUUAACCUACUGCCAGAUCAGGCUCCCCCAGACUCUGAAAAGCAAUGCUACUCACUACCCUCCCACAAGCUGUGUGACGUAAGAAAGCCAGAGCCAUAGAAGUGGACUGUAAGAAGGCGGCAGAGGAAGGACCGCGCCCAAGGAAACAGUGUGUAUGGACCCAUCCAGCACCAUCACUGAGGCCGCCAUGCAGGUAUGUUACAGUCUCUCUCUACUACGAAGGGUCACGCAAAAGAUCUGGCUGCCAUGACCAUCGAGCAACAUCUCCAAGUUUGUCUUUUCAUAUUCCUUAUCUAUCCUCCCUGUCUGGAUCCGGCUGUGACCCAAUCUUUUUCAUUUUCUAUCUGACCAUCAGAAUCAGCCAAGUUCUUUGCUUGGGGCCCCACCAGAUUAUGCUCUCUGGAUCUUCUUGCAUCUCUCCAUCUGGAGACCCAGCUCUGCUUUCCUUAUCCCCUGAAUGCUGAUGUCCUGAGACUUUCUAUUAAUAGCUUGUUUCCAAAGAAGUAAAAGGUAUUCAAGGAAAGGUUUGGAAUUUAGGGUAGGAUACGGGAUCACUUGUGCAAAUGUGGUCCUAUAAAUGCAAUACCUAUAAAAACAGUAGACUUCAAAAAGCUUAAAUUUACCUAAAAUUCAAGCUAAUAUUUCUGAAUUCCAUACAUAUUUUUAUCAUAUCUAGGCAGUGGGAGGAAGGAGGAGAGAAUAAGCCAAGAAGACCUCCUGGGGGGCAGGGUAGGCUUUCAAAUUCCAGAGAAACAUUCCACAAAUUAAAGGGCGCUGAGUUGAGUUAAACAGACUGUUAACCUGCUAUCUUUUCAACUUAGCGUUCUGCUUCAUACAUCUGAGCUGGCACUUCUUCAGCUUGCAGAGUGAUAUAUUGCUUGUUAGUAUUUACAGCUGAGUGAUAUUUUCAGCUGCUUGUGCAACCACAACCUUUGUGAGCGAGGGCCGCCGUCUGGACAUCUAAGUACAGGCAGCCCUGAGUGCUUCAUGUACCUCAGAGGCUGGUCUGAAAGCAGCCUCUGGAUGCUUCUAAUCCAAGCCUUGGAGGUCAAGAACAGCAACCGGAUGGGGAGAGAGGGAGAGCCACCUCCAGUCAGUGAGUUAGGACACACACAUGAAUCGAAUCCCACAUCAUAAUACGGGCCCCACACCAGCAGCAUCAAUACCCAAGACUUGGGAACUUGGUAGAAACGUGCAUUCUAGGCUCCCACCUCAGACCUACCCAAUCUGAAUCUUGGGGUGCAGUGGCAGCACUCUGGUUUUAAGAAGCCUUUCUAGAGAUUCUGAUGCAUAUGAGAGUCUGAGAGCCACUGCCCCAUAGCAAGCUCUACCAUGUCUUGCCCACAACUCUGAUUCCUGAUCCUUAGGGGUGAUGCUUACCAAUCAAGUGCUCUUAUGCAAUAUUCUCAUCUGGCUGAUCCCUUUCUAAAUCUCCAAAAACUAGACUUAGACUGAGGCUUAUAGGAAGUCCAGGUAAGUAUAUAAUCCUCAUCUGAGGCUUUGGUUACAGCAAAGUCGCCACUCUGGCUAGAUUUCACAGAAACAAGCUAUUGUUUUUUAACCUCAUUCUUAUUCUAGGUACAAUAAUCUAUUUUAAGUCACUUCCCCAUUUUUUUCAUUAAUUUUUUUAUCAAUGGCCAUGGGGACCCCUACUGUCUCCCCUUCUCUGUUUUAGGUCUAAUACGGUAAAUGAGGAAAAGAAAAAAAAAUCUGGAGUAUAUUUAUUAGUGUUAUCUAUGAUAGCAAACUUGGAAAAAAGUGUCUAUAAAAAGAGUAAAUAAAAUUAUAACAUACUGAUAAGAGGGGGUAUAAUCUUUCAAAUCAUACUGUAGAAAAAUAACAUGGGAAAAUACUACAUUCUACAUAAUUUUAAGACUGCAUUAUGUUUAGCUUUUAAAAAAUUGUCACUGAGGAAACAAGAUGGCAGGCUCACGGCGAGGAGCUGUCAAGGGAUGAAAAUUGGUGUGCCCAGAAACAGAUUUUAAAAGCAGUUCUUCUUCAGAACAUCUUUUUCAUACUCCCUGAUAAGCAUCUUGAUCACCAUGGCCGCAGCAGCAGUAAAAUGGGUGAUAUCAAAGAGACCUAUCUUGAAACAUUUAUUUCCAAUCCAAAAUGGAGCUUUAUCUUGUGUUUGUCAUAAAUCUACAUAUUCUUCUCUACCAGAUGACUAUAAUUGCAAAGUUGAGCUUGCUUUGACAUCUGAUGGCAGGACGAUAGUCUGCUACCACCCUUCGGUGGACAUUCCAUAUGAACACACAAAACCUAUCCCUCGACCAGAUCCUGUGCAUAAUAAUGAAGAAACACAUGAUCACAUGCUGAAAACCAGAUUAGCAGAAAAAAGUGAAAACCUUGAGCAAGGACCCAUGAUAAAACAACUUAGCAAAAUGUUCUUUACUACUAAGCACCGUUGGUAUCCUCGUGGACAGUGUCACACUUGUAAGAAACUGAAUCCUCCAAAGGACAGAUAAUAUUGAGGUUCUCCAGGGAAUCAGAGAGAAAUGCCCCUCAUUUGCCAUUUGAGGAAAUGUAAUCUGGUGUAUUCACUAAUAUGUUAUACAGUAAAAUGGUAAUAAUAAAAUGUCUUUUCAUAUA